AGUUGAAGCCCACUGCGAAGGUCGGAAGAGAGUUGUCGCAAAUGGUUUGUUUCUGGAAUGUCCAAAGAUACUGAUCGUUAUCGUCAUCUUCAUCCUUCACCGUCCACUCAAACUCUACAAUGGCAGUACACCAAAAUUUUCAGACCGUGAGACUGAACUAUCUUUCAAUCCCUUCUGUACUACUCAUUUCGAAAAAGCCAACCCAACUCAAAAGCCCCCUAGCUGAGCUCAAGCCUACACUCGUCUCUCUUCAAAACGAGGCUUCCGUUAAACCCAUCACCUCCAAAACCACUACCAAGCAACACUCUUUCACUAUUACUUAUCUUAUAAACUCAUGUGGGCUGUCCUCGGAGUCUGCCAUUUCAGCUUCCCAAAAGGUACGGUUUCAGUCUCCAGAAAGACCUGACUUGGUUUUAGCCCUUUUAGAAAACUACGGGUUCUCCAAAAUCCAGAUCUCAAAUCUCAUCAGGAAGCGCCCUGUGCUUCUUUUAGCUAAUCCUGAGAAUAUCCUUUUGCCAAAGCUUGAGUUUUUUCAGUCUAUAGGGCUGUCAAGUUGUGACCUUGCAAGGACUCUUUCGUCAGACCCAACCCUUCUGACAAGAAGCUUGGAGAACCAGAUUAUACCUUCUUAUGAUUUUCUGAAGAGUGUCUUGCUAUCCAAUGAGAAAAUUGUUUCCGCUUUAAAGCGCACUACGUGGAUUUUCCUAGAAGAUCCUUCAAAGAAUCUUAUGCCCAAUGUUGCUUUUUUGAGAGAAUUAGGUGUGCCCCAAAAGUGUGUUUCUCUGUUGUUGACUCAUUUCCCUGAGGCUGUGAUGCAAAAGCAUGAAGACUUUUGUGGAAUUGUGAGAGAGGUUAAAGAAAUUGGGUUUGAGCCACGGAAAUCUAUGUUUGUGUUAGCGGUGCAUGCCCUUUCAGGGAAGGGCAAUAAGUCAAUAUGGGAAAAGUGUUUUGAGGUUUACAAGAGAUGGGGUUGGUCUAAGGAUGAUAUUCUUACAGCAUUUAAGAAGCACCCUCAUUCUAUGAUGUUGUCAGAGAAGAAAAUCAUGAAGAGUAUGGAUUAUUUUGUUAAUAAGAUGGGGUGGCCAUCACGAGUGAUAGCUCAAUGCCCUGUGGUCUUGUUUUUCAGCUUGGAGAGGAGAAUAAUCCCUAGGUGUUCAGUUUUUCAGAUUUUGUUGUCAAAGGGAUUGAUAAAAGAAGAUUUCAGCUUAACUACUGUAUUGCUGCCUGUUGAGAAGCGCUUCUUGGAGAGAUUUGUGACCAAAUAUCAGGAGGAGGUACCUGACUUGUUGAGUGUGUAUCAAGGGAAGGUCAAAUUUGAGGGAGCAUGAAGUGUAUCUUCACUUAUCAAUUGCUAGUAAAUAUCAGUUCAUUCUCAUUAUAUUAACUAAGCAUUGGUGGUUCUGGGCACCUAAGUCUCACUGGAAGUUGCAUUUCAUGUAUACAGUGCCUGGACCUGGAGUAGUGCAUGGAAUUUUGCGGUGUGUAUUAUAAGUUUGCUUUUCAUGUAUAUAUUGGUUAUUGUUGUUGUCAGAUAUUUUUGCAGUAAGGUAAACAAAAUGGCUGUCCUAGAUGCUUGUUUAUUUGAAUUUUUCUGGCUUCUGUCACGCAGGACGAUGCCAGGAAGUUUACUCUUGAACCUGAUAUAAGUUUUAAUGUAUUGAAAGAUCUCAAUUAGUU